GAGGGCGGGGGAGAGGGAGCGGGAGCGGGCUCGCCUCUCCCGCGGCCGCUCCCACGGCCCCGCUGCCGGCGCGGGCGGGGAGGCCCGGGAACAGCGGGGCGUUCGCGGCUGUAACGUGACCCCAGUACCCGGCAGGUAUGCUGAAGCCUUUGCUUUAAAAGCACGAAGCGGUGCUGUGGGUGCUUUCGGUGUUGGGAUGCCGCAGUAAACCAGCGCUCGGCCGGGUCACGUCGAGCCCGGGAGCGGCCAGGGGUGCGGGCGAGGCCGGCGGCGGCUGCCGGGAGAUGGCCGGUGUCCUGCGCGGGGCAGGAGCGGCCCCCGGCCCCCUGUGCGGCCGCAGCGGCUGUGCGAGCCUCGGCUGGCUGUGAGGGUGUCGGUUCUCCGCUCGCAGCGGCUGAAGCGGGCUGGGGAUCGCUGGCUCGGCGCUGCCGGCUGCGACACCCUCUGCAGCCCGCACCUGGAGCACAGGCUGUCUCUGCGAAGAAAUGGAAAAUCCUGAAGUGGCUGUGAGCAGCUGCAGUGCUCAUGAUGACGAAAAUCUUGGCAGCUACAAAAGACACCUGUCGAUAUCACAGGAGGGGUUUUUGGAAGAUCAGCUUAGAAGGAAGUUAAAAUUCUUCUUCAUGAACCCAUGUGAGAAAUUCUGGGCCCGGGGCAGAAAACCUUGGAAACUUGGGAUUCAGCUACUCAAAAUAGCGAUGGUUACUGUUCAGUUGGUGGUUUUUGGACUGAGCAAUCAAAUGGUGGUUGCCUUCAAAGAAGAGAACACUGUUGCAUUCAAACAUCUCUUCUUGAAAGGCUACAUGGACAGAAUGGAUGAUACCUAUGCUGUAUACACACAAACAGAUGUCUAUGACCAGAUAUUCUUUGCAAUAAACCAGUACUUACAGCUGCCCAACAUCUCUGUUGGAAACCAUGAUUAUGAGAAGAAGGGAGCAGAAGAGACAGCUCUGGCCGUGUGUCAGCAGUUCUACAAGCGAGGAACCAUCUGUCCUGGAAACGACACGUUUGAUAUAGACCCAGAGAUUGUGACUGACUGCUUGUACAUUGAGCCAAUGAUGCCGUUAGGCAACGCAACAGUGGGAAAGCACAAUUUGAAUUUCACUCUGGAUUUUCACAGACUGGUGACAGUGCAGCUCAUGUUCAAUCUGAAGGCAAUCAAUCUCCAGACUGUUCGUCACCACGAGCUCCCUGACUGUUACGAUUUCACUCUGACGAUAGUGUUUGAUAACAAAGCACAUAGUGGCAGAAUUAAAAUAAGUCUCGACAAUGACAUAGCCAUCAGGGAAUGUAAAGAUUGGCAUGUUUCUGGAUCAAUACAGAAGAACACUCAUUACAUGAUGAUCUUUGAUGCUUUUGUUAUAUUGACUUGUCUGGCCUCAUUGAUCCUUUGCACACGAUCAGUGGUUAAAGGAAUUCGGCUCCAAAGGGAAUUUGUAAGCUUUUUCCUAUAUUAUUAUAAGAAAGAAGUAUCUUUCAGUGAUCAAAUGGAAUUUGUCAAUGGAUGGUACAUCCUGAUUAUGGUUAGCGAUGUCUUAACUAUUGUUGGAUCAACUCUAAAGAUGGAGAUACAAGCCAAGAGUCUGACAAGUUAUGAUGUCUGUAGCAUACUCCUGGGAACAUCCACUAUGCUUGUGUGGCUUGGAGUCAUUCGCUACCUAGGUUUCUUUCAGAAGUAUAAUCUUCUCAUCCUAACACUGCGUGCAGCAUUACCCAAUGUAAUGAGGUUCUGCUGUUGUGCUGCUAUGAUCUACCUGGGCUAUUGUUUCUGUGGAUGGAUUGUACUGGGACCAUACCAUGUGAAGUUUCGUUCUCUGAACAUGGUUUCCGAAUGCCUUUUUUCAUUGAUCAAUGGAGAUGACAUGUUUGCCACCUUUGCAAAAAUGCAGCAGAAAAGUUACUUGGUUUGGUUGUUCAGUAGGAUAUACCUUUACUCCUUCAUCAGUCUGUUCAUCUACAUGGUGCUGAGUCUCUUCAUCGCACUCAUUACAGAUACAUAUGAAACUGUCAAGCACUACCAGCAAGAUGGCUUUCCGGAGACAGAACUGCAGAGAUUUAUAUCACAGUGCAAAGACUUGCCAAACUCUGGCAGGUACAGGUUAGAGGAGGAGAGUUCUGCAUCUCUCUUCUGUUGUUGUAAUGGUUGUAGUGAACAUAUGUAAUGGAUUGUGAGAGUGUACCAUGGAGGCUUUAAAGCAGCACACACUACAAGACCUGGAGAGUGGAGCUGGUGAAAAACCUUAUACCUAAAGCUUGUAUUUGCUUUUCUCAAAAAACAGUGUAAGCCCGUGGCAGAAACUUAUGAUAAACUUAGACAUUCUCACUGCUAAUUCAGGGAGUUAGGGUGUUUGGGUUUUUUAUUAUCUUUGUUGUGUUUGUUUCUUCAGUUAAAUUGUGCUAGAAUAUAAAGGGCAUUAAAAAGCUACCUGUGUUCAGAGACUUGGUUAGAUUAUGUGACUAGACUAGAAAUGCAAUAACUUUCAACUAUAAGUAGUAGUGCAGGACAACUGCAAUUUUGAACAUCAACCUAGCCCUCAGUACUGCAGGCAUUCUCUAUCUGUGGCUGACCUGUCACUAAGUGAACGAAAGCUCUCUCUAAAGGCCUCAGUAUUUAUUGUUUAUCUGCACUCAUAGUAUAAAUAAAUUGAAACUAUCAAA